CUUCCUUGAAAUGAUGGAAGCUCGAAGCCGAGGACACAUGUCGCCACUAACAACUAACGGGCAAAGCCCUUCCUCUGGCUCCCAGUCACCCAUCGUACCUCCGAGCUCCACAUCAACGGGCAGCUCCAGCCCUGGCACCCCACAGCCACCGCAGCCGCUUUCCACAAGCUCCACCGUCUCUCCUGAACCCCCUCCAUCUUUUUCACCAGUGCCUGCACCUGAGGCCCAGCAGCCACAUGCACCUCCACCAGCUACAGCCUCCCCAGCACCUCCAGCUGCAGUUGCACCACCAAAGCGCAGCAUUAUUUCACGUCUCUUUGGGACAUCUCCUGCAUCAGACCCCUCUCCUCCCCAGCCAGAUCCUGCUGCUGCCACUCCUCCUCCCCACCCUGAAGCCCCUGCAAAAGUACAGAGUGUGGAGGACUUUGUUCCUGAUGACAGUCUGGACCACAGCUUUCUAGAAGACCCAGCUCCACGGAAGGACAAAGGGAAACCACAGACUAAACACCGUGUUGAUAGUGAAAGCGAUGGAGAGGUGCCUGGGGGGAACCCCAUGGUGGCAGGUUUCCAAGAUGACCUGGAUCUGGAUGACAAAAUCCCCAGCAGACCCAUGUUGGCAACAGAACGGGUGCCCAGCAACAAUGUCACCCUCUCCAGUGAGGAGGAGGAAGAGGAAAAGGUGAAGGACUCUAAGGUCGUACUCAUACCUGAUGAAGACAUCGAGAAGGAGCAGGAAAAAAAAAGGUCUUCCAGAAAUUCUCUGAAACCACAGAGUGAAGCAAUUUUGACCAAAGUAACUGACCCAAAGCCUCCUGACAAUUUACCUCCACAUUCUGGGUCCGAAAGAAACAGCAGCAGCAAGGUCAACACUAGCCUGCCGACUGCUGCUGCUGCCACUCCAGCAGCGGUCCAGGCCCCAAAGACCACUUCCCAAAGCAAAGGACAUGCUCUCAAGCAGAAAGUGGUCAAAGAGGAAAAGCCUGAGGAGUCUGACAGUGAUCAAGAGGGACCAAUAGCUACUCAGAUGCUCUCAUUUGUUAUGGAUGACCCAGACUUCGAAAGUGAGGAUUCUGACAGCCAGAAGAAGAAAAUGGAUGAAUUCCCAGUCCGGGAAGAUCUCUCUGAAAUAUCUGAUGAUGAUACCUCGUUGACAAAGCCACCCCAAUCUGUGAAAUCAACAGUCCCUUCCUUUAAACUGAAAAAUGACUCAGAUCUCUUUGGUUUGGGUUUGGAAGAAACUGGUCCCAAGGAGAGCAGUGAGGAAGGUAAAGAUAAACAACCUUCUAAGGAGAAAAAGAAGAAGAAAAAGAAAAGCAAAGAGGAAGAUGAGAAGUCUGUGAAAAAGAAGAGCAAACACAAGAAGAGCAAAGAGAAGGAGGAGAACAAAGAGGAGAAAAAGAAAAAGAAAAAGAAGAGCAAGGAGAAAAACAGCGAGAUAGAUGAACUUGAGGCUUUUCUUGGAGGAGGAGGAGCCAGCGUGAGCAAGCCGCGAGGAGGUGGGGACUAUGAGGAGCUGUAG